UGUGAGACGUUGUCUAUUAAAUUGCCUUAUUUAUAUUCAUUGUUAAUGGCUUAUUCAAUAAAACAGUUUUUAUUCUUGCUGAUUAUAAUACAAAACCAGUGUUUUAGUGAAAAAGUUAAGUGGUGUAUUAACAGCGAUUAUGUAGUCGACGGGCACAUUAUUGAUAAGAAGAGUUGUAAAAAUCAACCCUGCGUAAUAAGCACUUGUCCUUCAGGACAGAUGAACUAUAAUCGCGCAUGUAUAAGAAUGGAUAGCAAAUCAGUAAAUUUUUCGGAAAUUCUUACGCUAUUUACACUUAUAAAUGGCGAGCCAAUAAAAAGCUUGAAGACUUUCAAUAGUUUCCAAGUAGUAACUUACAAAGAUAAAACUGUCCAUUUGAAAGAGAAUAACAAUUGUACUAAUUCUAAUUUUUAUACGAUUGGGAAAGGCGAAAUAGAUGGGAAUUUCUUAGAUAAUGGUUCAUUUUUUAUUAAAGAACCAAGAACAAUUUUGCCACCAGAAGAGUAUAUAGUGAGGUUCACGAUAACAAAUGAAUCUGGUCGGUUUACACCUCAAAUAAAAUUAAAAUUCGCCAAGGAUGUAGAGGCGGAUACAUUUGAUCAAUAUAUGGACUUAGUUUUUGAUUACGUCAUGUUUGCGUCUUGCUUCUUCAUGAUCCUGGUGUUGGCAGUAUACAUUUUGUGCAAAGAACUGCGCACCACAGCCGGCUUGAUUUUCAUGACUUAUGUAACUACAUUGGCGAUAACUUUCCUUUUAUUGCCCAUACGAGAUCUUGCCAUGAAGUAUGAGAAAAUUAGCAAAACUGGAUGCUAUAUUCUUAGCACUUUUAUUCAUUACGUAACGUUUAGUAGUUACGCCUGGAUGAAUAUCAUGGGUUUCGAUAUUUGGUGGACAUUAAGAAAUAUGUUCUACCAACGCCGCCUCGGUAAUUCUAAUGCCGUUAACUAUUACAAGUACACAUGGUACUGCGGUAUCGCGUGGAUACCCACCCUUAUCUAUGUCCUCAUCGAAAUCUGUCUUGACGAGUUCAUCGGAAACGGACCUUUAUUUAGGCAAUGCACAGUUUUUAGCAAUAAAUGGUACCUAGCGGGACCAUCCUUGACACUACAAGCAUUAAACUUUGUCCCUUUUGUACUAAUAAUAUACAAUUUGGUGCGAAUUCAGCGGAGCAACCUAAAACACUUGAACAGUGCAGACUCAAACAGCACCGGCCCAAAACAGAAUGCGUAA